GUUGGCUUUCAGCAGGGACCAGAAUUGUUUGUAGCAUAGGCUGGCACAGUCGGACUCACGGAUUUCACGGCAUAGACGCACUGCAGUUGAGCAGUUAACAAAGGCAUAAAAAUGGAGGUCCCUAACCCCCUUAAGAUGUACGGCCUGUACUUGGAAGCAGUAAAUGAUUACAUCAAUGAGUCCUAUGGGGAGGAUGUAUGGAGACUGAUUGAGGCCAGAGCAGAAAUACCCCAUCUGAAGUUUGUCCGCCAUCAGAUGUACAAUGACAACCUCAUCCUACGGUUAGCCAAGGCAGCUGGCGAGGUACUGGGGAAAACCCACGACGAGCUGAUGUAUGCCUUUGGAGUCUACAUGGUGAAGAGGAUCGGCAACUAUGGCUAUGAGAGGAUUCUGAAGGUGCUGGGGCGUAAUGUGCGUGACUUCAUCAAUGAACUGGACAACCUGCACGAGUACUUCCGCUUCUCCUUCCCCAAGGUGCAGCCGCCUAGCUUCUGUGUGGAGGAGGAGUGUGAGACUAGCCUCACACUGCACUACCGCAGCACCCGCAAAGGGUUCACCCAAUUUGUCAAAGGCCAGCUCUCCCAAGUGGGACGACAGUUCUACAACACAGACAUUGAAGUGGAAAUCCUGUCAAAAGAGGAGACUGAGAAAAUGACAUAUGUGAUCUAUAAGAUGAACUUUGACAAUGCUGCUUUCAAGCACCGCAUGCCUCAACAGAAGACAGCCCCUGGUUAUGAGAAGCUCCCAAUGAAGAGGGGCAUAUUCUUCGACAUGUUCCCCUUUAGUGUCAUCUUCCGACGGGACAUGACCAUGUAUCGCAUCGGCGAUGGCCUGAAGGAGGUCUUCUCCGAUCUGCAGGGCAAGAAGGUCAACGAGGAGUUCACCCUGGUGCGACCCAUGCUGGAGUUUAGCUGGGAAAAUAUCUAUACCCACUUGAACAAUGUGUUUGAGCUGCUCUCCAAAGCUGUGGUAGAGAGCAAACAGAAGGUCAACAUCCCAAAACUGAGUAAGGAGGAGCCUGAGGAGAAAGAGGAGUGCGAGAAAGUGAAUCGAGAGGAAGAGAGAGAUGUGAAGUCCGUGGAGGAUAUGAAGGGAACGGACCAGGAGUACAGUGGUGCCCUAACUCAAUACAACAGCUCCGCCAACUCUGGAGGCGAGGACAUUGAGCUCCUGGCCUUCCAGACUGUCACUGGGAAGUGCAGUGAAACCAUCUUUGAGGAUAUGAGGGAACCCCCGAAGAAGCCCCUCCACUUGAAGGGUCAGAUGAAGUAUGUCCCUCAGUGGGACUCUCUCAUUUUCCUUUCCACCCCCAUCAUAGAAACCGUGGAGGACAUGAUUAAAAUGGGGGUAUAUGUGAACGACUUAAACCUCCAUGACUCUAGCAGAGAGCUCAUCUUAGCUGGUACGCAGCAGUCGGCUGAACUGCAGUUGGCUCUGGAUCAGGAGCAGCAGAAGUAUGCCCAGUUGAUGGAGAUCAUCAAGAAGCUGGACGAGGAGAAAAAAAGGGGGGAUUCCCUGCUUUAUGCUAUGAUCCCAAAGGCUGUGGCCGACCGUCUCAGGAAGGGCAUCACUGCCCUGGAGACCUGUCAGGUUUUCCCAGAUGUAACCAUCCUGUUCAGCGACGUGGUGAAGUUCAAUGAAAUCUGCAUCCACAUUACGCCCAUGCAGGUGGUGGACAUGCUCAAUGAGAUCUACAUCGUCUUUGACACGCUUAGUGAGAAGCACAACGUGUACAAGGUAGAGACGAUCCGAGAUGCGUACAUGGUGGUAGCAGGUGUGCCCAACAAGACCACAUUCCAUGCCCACCACAUAUGUGACAUGGCCUUGGACAUGCUGAGCUCUAUCGACCACCUCAAAGACCCCUCCACUGGGGACAACAUUCAGAUCCGAGUCGGUAUUCACUCAGGCAUGGUGGUUGCUGGGGUGGUAGGACUAAAGAUGCCUCGCUACUGUAUGUUUGGAGACACAGUGAAUACUGCCUCUCGCAUGGAGAGCAAUGGGGUGGGUAUGCAGAUACAUAUCAGCCAGACCGCCAAAGAUCAUCUGGAGCACGAGCCUUAUAUAAUCGAGGAGAGGGGCAAGAUAUUUGUCAAGGGUAAAGGCCAAAUGAAAACCUAUUGGCUGAAAGGGAAAAAAGACCUCUCGUUCAAGACCCCAGCAGAGCUGCGCUACAGCAGUGAACAGAAAGACUCAGAGGACAGGAGCUCACAUGGCUCCACCUGCACUAACACCAAGCGCUCCACCUCCAACCUCAACAUCCCCAAUGAGGAGCAGGCAGAGAGAAAGCCCACACCGACCGAUAUGCCUGCAGAAACCUUACCCCAGAGAGAAGGCAACACUGAGGCCCCCUCUGUUUCAGCUGAGCCCCAGGAGAAGGAGAAAGCCAAAAAGACUAAGAACAACAAAGGGGCUAAGCCUGAGGCACCCCAAGUGAAUGCUGUGCAGGAAAGUGCACCCCUAGUGGGAAAGCCAGAGAAUGCAGCCCCUGUGUUGAACAAGAGAAACAGCUUCCGGCAGCAGUAUGCCAAGCUACCCACCAACCUGCCCUUGCGUAGCACUUCCUGCUGCAUACUGUAAGAGCCGCCAGAGUGUUCAAGGCAUGCCUAUAGGGAAAAUGAUGGCUGGGUGAGGAGUGAGGUGAGGAAAGUAUAUGUUGUGCGAUGCCCCAAGACAUGUUCCAUUUAAGGACAGGGAAGAGUAUAGCAACAUGAAAUGCCAAAACAACAUACUACGGCCAUGCCAUUUAGUUCCACACAAAAUUAGCCAGUGAGACCAUAUCCUAUCAAAGACAUACAUAGGUAGUGUAUAGGUGGUAUCAAUGACCCUGUCUCUCCUAAAUGAGAGUCAGGGAGAACAGGAUGGCAAAAGUGGCCUGCAAAACCUGGGAGAAACCUAGAACAGCAGAGCCAGUGUUUUAUCUCAAUGGCCUUUAUUCAACAACACCCCAAAAAUCCCCAUUCUACUCAUGUUACUUCCUUUUCCUUGUUUGUCACUGUGUCUUGCUUCUUCAUCAAUGUUUAUGCUCCCCUGUGCCAUUUAUACUAAACUAGGUCCAAAGUGAGUGGAAGUGGAAUUUAGCUAUUAUUGACGCUAUAUCGUUGAAGUGUUGAGAAAUUAUUUUCUCCCCAAAUUCACCUAAACCGGAUUUGUAACACUUUCAUCUCAGACAGGUGUUGGGCACCAAACCUCGAGUAUCAGUAAUUGAGAAUAGGUAAUGAAUGCGGAAAAGAGGUACAACGCUUUUGAAACAGACAAAAAAAGUUAUACAUUUGUAAUCCCAACUUCAGUUCUUUAAGUGUAACGUUUUGCAUGUUGUCACGCAUAUAGUCAAGAGAAAACAGACUUGUAAUGUACAUUUGUUCCGUUAUUAUGACCAUGUUACAACAGAGGAAUCAUAACAAUGUUCUGGAGAGUGAUAUAAGUCUCUCUUUCUUCAAUUAAAAUAGACUGCACACUCAGAUUGGUACACAGGGUGAUAUGACGAGAAGUUGUAUUUUAUUAGCAUGAACAUCGAUUUUAGAACAUUUAAAUAGAAAUGCAUAUAGA